AUGGCUGAACACGCCGUUGCUCCUCCGACGCCAGUAACCCCUAUCACCCCAGAUACCUUGAUGGGGGUCACCGCGCUUGCUCGCUUCGAAUUCGAGGCCGGCCGCGGCAAUGAAGGCACCAAAGUCAUGAUGGUCGAGUGGCAAGACGACCAGUCCAGACAUCAGCAGGGCACAUGGCACGUUUCGUGGUCUGGCAAACGCACAGUCUUCCCUGCUGACGAUCGACCUUCCGACAAGAUCCGCCGGAGUUACUUCCUUAUCCCACCGUCUGCCGCGGUCCCGCCGCACCUGACUCUGGCAUAUCAAUCGCCUAUCGAUGCCGGCAAUGCUCCCUCAGAGGCUUUGAAGAUGACAGUGAAACCGCUGCCCGCGAUUUUCACGCCGGAGCUGGGUGCCACGGCCAAGGCCAGCGGGAAGAAAGGCGUUUUGCACACCAUCUGGGCGAAAAAGAGACUGCAGUCGCUAGAGAGAGAAAUUCAAAGAGAGCAAGAGCACAACCUUGAGGGUAUCGCCCUUGAGAUGGCCAUAGCCGAGAGGGAUUGGAUCCAAGACAAUUUCGGUCUGCAGACCAAGCCGGCGGCUUUGGAUAUCAGCGCUGCCACAUCUGCUCAGCAAUCUGCAUCCGUCAGUCCCUCUGCAAUGCCGCCACAAUCUCCGAACAGCCACCGCCUUAGUGAAAAGUUGAAGGGGUUGAGCCUCGGUACCAGUGAAAAGGACCUCGCUGCGAGGGCCAAUACGCCAACGAGUGAGCUUCACCCACUGUCUCCCGAAGUCAGCGAUAUGGCUUAUUCGUCCUUCUCUGCGUUUCGCGCGGAUCCUGCCUCACCAAAAUCUGCCUCAAGGACGACCCCCAAGCGAAUGACUGCCCAAGCACCACCUGCCUCAAUUCUUCAGCAACAGGCGGCGGGUGAGUCGGGGCCGUCCCUGAACUUCAUCUCCAACAUUCCGAGUCUUACUGAGACGGGUGCUACGACGUCAGACGAUCCCGAUGAUCUGUUUGCAGUUGCGCUCAGCCCACGAUCACCUGAUCUGGCCAAAAGCCCCUUCUCAUUCUCCAGUGCCGAAGUCAGCAAAGCCAGAGCAGAAAGACAGUUAUGA